CUUUUUCUCCUGCGGCUCAAGUGCGGACCAGCCAGCCAGACAGACCACCGGUUCUAAUUUAAGCCCUCAAAUCGUCCACAAUGUGGCCCCUCACGGUGCUGACCACCGUGCUGCUUUCCGCGCUGGCACUGGAACCGGCCACCGGCAACGAGGUUUUCGGCUGCGGCGGCUUCAUCAAAAACGCCAACUCGGAUCUGGAUUUCAGCCGUGUGGAAGUCGGACUGUACAAUCCGCAGGGCAGUUUGAAGAUCAAGACGGACUGCUCGCCGUCGAACGGGUACUACUUCAUUCCGCUGUACGACAAGGGAGAGUACGUGCUGAAGGUGAUUCCGCCGCCGGGGUGGAGCUUUGAGCCGGAGCAGGUUCCGGUCAAGUUCGACGGGACGACGGACAUUUGCAGCCAGGGAAAGGAUGUGAACUUUAUCUUUAAGGGUUUUGGGAUUACGGGGCGGGUGGAGAUUUACCAGCACCAGAUCGGGGCCAAGGGCGUGCAGGUGGAGCUGCGGUCGGAGAGUAAUGCGAAGAUUGGCCAGACGGUCACGGACACGAACGGGGUGUUUUCGUUUACGCCGAUCAAGUCCGGAAGGUACGUGAUCCGGGUGAGACACGAAAAGUGGCACUUUGUCAAGCCGGAAUAUGGCGUGGAGGUGACGACGGGGAAUACGGAGAUUCCGGCGGGUUCGCUGAUGGUGUCCGGAUUUGACGUGGAGGGUAGCGUGGUUAGCGAUGGCCAGCCGUUUGGAAAUGUUGGCUUUUUGCUGUACGCCGAGAAGGGGAAGGCCACGAUGGUGAAGUGCUCGUCGGAUGAUGUUCCGGCGGUUGAUGGAACCGAUGCCAAGUUUAGCGCUGCUCCUCGGUGCUACACCGACGCGAACAAGGCCACGGGAACGUACACGUUUGCUGGAGUGUCUUCGGGCAAGUAUCGAGUUGUUCCGCUGUUUGCCGCCAACAAGGCCAUCAAGUUCCACAUUCGGCCGGAAGCGCAGGAAGUUACGGUUGACCGGGACGGAGUUCGCUUGGCACCGUUUGAGGUGACCGGAUUCAGCGUUGGCGGAAAGGUGCUGCUAACGGCCGGAGGUUCAGGAGUGGCCAACGCCAAGGUCAAGCUGAAUGGGAAGGAUGUGGCCACGACCAACUCCAACGGAGAGUACCUUCUGGAGAACAUCCAAGCUGGAACGUACACGGUUCAGGUGACGGCCGACGAGCUGCAGUUCAAAGACCACAUUGUCAAGAUCUCGCUGAAUAAUCCGUCCCUGCCGGACGUCGUUGUUGCCGGGUUCAAAGUGUGCGGCCAAGUCAUCUCCAAGCACUCGCACCGCGUUGCCAUCACCAGGAAGGGAUCAACCUUCCACACCGAAGUGACCACCAAGGAAAAUGCCGCCGGCGAAUGGUGCACCUUCCUCGAAACUGGCCACUACACGGUCGAGGUUCGAACCAGCCAGGAAGACGCCGCCGCCGGAAUCCAGUUCUUCCCACUCGUUCAAUCGAUCCACGUUGACCGAUCCCCACUCGGCGGAAUCGUCUUCUCCCAACUGCGCGCAACCGUUUCCGGUGAAAUCCGCUGCCUCUCAAACGACGACGCGAGCUGUCUCCAAGAUCUCACUGUCACGAUGACCGCCCUCGACACGAACGGCAACCUCGUUGGACAACCCACCAAGGCAGAACUCGCCGACGGCAAGUACUCGUUCGCAAAUGUUCUCCCCGGAAGCUACGAAGUCAGCGUGCCAAAGUCCCGCCUCUGCUGGCAAUCCAACACCGUCAAGAUCAACGUCAAAUCAGCCCAGGAAACGGUCCCAGCCUUCAUCCAGAGCGGCUACAUCGUCUCAAUCGUAUCCAGUCACAGCACCAAAAUGACCUACAAACUCCAAAAAGGCGUCGAAAACCCCAAAUUCGAAGACCUCACCCUCAACUCCGGCAUGAACACGUUCUGCGUCAAACAAGCCGGAAAGUAUGCCAUCAUCCUGACCGGAUGCCACCGCUACGCCGACUCCACACCCAAGUUCUUCUCCACCGACGACGCCACCCCCCUCAGCAUCGUCGCCUCCAAGCAUCGCACCACGGUAAAAAUCCUCGCCGAGGAAAAGUCCACCUACAAAACGCUCGUCACUUCCGUUGGCGAAGCCGACGCCGUCCAAACGAUCGAAUUCCAACCCACCAACGAACGCCACGACGGCACCAAACACGUCUACCAGCACGACUUCUUCCUCACGCAGGACGAAAAGAUCGCGAUCGCGCCCCAGUCCGAAAUCAUGCUGUUCGCCCCGACAACCCUCGAGGUCAUCGGCGGGUCCGACUGCAGCGAAGUGGCCACGAAAAUUGUCGCCACCAAGGGACUACUCAUCGACGGCAAAACGAGUCCACCGAUCGGCGAAGCGAAAAUAACGUUGCUCUUCCCGAAUAACCCCGAGCUGGCCUCGCUGGUGGCGCAAACGAACGAGCGCGGUGAGUUCCGGUUCGGGCCGAUUGAUGCGGGUUUGGCGGUGGAGCUGGUUGCCGAGAAGGAAUCGUACGUGUUUUCCGCGUGGGACAAGGCGAGUGGGAGCUUUAAGGGCCACAAGCUGUGCGAGAUUAUUGUGACGGUGAAGGAUGACGCCGGGAAUCGGCUGCCGGGAGUGCUGUUGUCGCUGAGCGGAGCGGAGAGCUACCGGAAGAAUCUGGUGACGGGUGACGACGGAACCAUCAAGUUCCACUCGCUGUCCCCGUCCGAGUACUAUCUGCGCGCCAUGAUGAAGGAGUACGAGUUCCGACCCAAUUCCAAGUUGAUCGAAGUCCGCGAGGGCGCUACCGUGAUGGAGGAACUCCGCGGUACGCGAACCGCUUUCUCGAUCUUUGGCGCGAUUACCUCGCUCAAUGGAGAGCCCUUAUCGGGAGUUACGGUCGAGGCGGUCACGGACGAUCGCUGCGGUGGCCAUUUGGAGGAGAGCACGAGUGAGUUCAAUGGGGCGUAUAGGAUUAGGGGCUUGCAGCCGGGUUGCCAGUACAGUGUUCGGGUGAGGACCGACGGACCUUCGUCGAACGUGGACCGUUCGAUUCCGAAGGAGAAGGUGGUUAAGGUUGAGAGUGGGGACAUUCGGGACGUGAACAUGAUUGCGAUCUCGCCGUUGGCGUUCGUUGACGUGACGGUGCGGGUGCUGGCCUCGGAGAACGAUUACUACAAGACGCUGAAGAUCUUCCUGUACAAGCGAGGCAGCGAUUCGCCCGUUCACUCGCAACGGAUCGAGUCUCCGCUGAACCCGAAGAGCAAGAUCAACCCCGGGAUCAUGGUCUUCUUCCCAAGGAUUCCGUUCGACCAAAAGUCCUACUACAUCGAGCUGACCUCGACGCUGUCGGACAAGAACUACAAGUACAACCUGCCGACGAUCGAGUUCACGGCCAACGCGAGCAGCUACUUCACCGAGGUGCACUUCCGGCCGGAACUGCGCACCGCCGAGGGCGAUCUCAACCAAAACUCCCUCUCAGCUAUCGUGCUCAUCUUCAUCGUCGGCUUCAUCUUCUUCAAGCAGGACCUGGCGCUGGAACUGCUCGGCGCGGUGUGGAACAAGGUCAGCGCCGGCGUGGGCGAGAUUGUGUCCAAGUCGAAGCCAAAGGAACAAAAGUACGAACCGGUCGAGAUUGACGAGCGGGAAAUUGAUAAGCUCGCGUCGAGCAUCAACGCAAUCAAAAAGAAGAAGGUGAAGAAGGCUAAUUAGGACAGGGGAUCAUCGCGGUAGUAGUCAUCAAUAGAGUUUAGAAGCGAAAGGGAGGUUUCGGGUUAAGCAGAAUCUUACGUACUCAAAGAACGCGGUGUGUGCGUGCAUGUGUGUGACUCAUAGGUUGAAAAAAAACGAAAAGGUAAUUUUCUGCCGAAAAAAAUCUUAAU